UGUAAAUGUAUGUGGGUGGGUGGAUUUAUAUGUGAGAUAUUGGUGUUUGUGUGUAGAAGACUCAGUAAUGAUGAAGUGCUUGUAUCUUGUGUCUGUCGUGUUUCACGUGGCUGCAGGCUGCGCUCUCUCUGCUGAUAAUGAUCAAGUAGGACAUAAAAUAAGACGCAGAGGUGAUUCAGUGCUGUUACCCUGCUCCUGCUCUGACCUGAACACCAAACCUCAAACACUCACCUGGUGGACCUACAGAACAGGAAAUGCAACAGAAGUGUUAAAUGAUGAGCACUACCGUGGCAGACUUCAGCUGUUUAAUAAGAUUUCUCCUGCUAAUCUGUCUCUGUUCAUAUCUGACCUGAGAGUAGAGGAUCAGGGAAACUACAAGUGCAGCACUGAGAAGGAAUACAGAGACAUCAAGCUUUAUGUUGAUGGCUGUGAGCUGGUGAAGAAGACAGAGGUAGAGCGUGUGACUGUGUUCACAGGAGAGUCUGUAGUUUUGCCCUGCGUCUGCACUGACAUACAGGACAAACCACAGGAUCUAAAAUGGGAUUUUUACAGAAACAAUCACUAUCAGAAAAUUUACCCUAAACAGACUGGACAUCACAGAAACAGAGUCAAACUGGUCAGUAACAACUCUCCAGGAAACGUCUCUCUACUCAUAUCAGACCUGACUGAAGAGGACCAGGGAGUCUACAGAUGUUCUGUACAGGCUGAUAGCAGAGAUAUCAGACUAUCUGUUAAAGUCUUUUAUAUAGGAAGAAGAGAAACAUCGACACACUUGAGGAAAACAGACACAGCAUUUACAUCAGAGCAGCCUUAUAGUAAAACAACACACUCUCCACCUGCAUUAUCCUCAACAACACCGAAACAAGAUAAAGGUCAAAUGCACAACAGCCUCCCUCUAGGCAUUUUGGCAGUGGUAUUGUUGGUGAUAGUGGCAUUUAUUUGUUGGAGAUGCAGAGGAGGAAGAUGUGGCGAUAACACGAUUACUGAAAGAUGUCAAGGCUGUAAGAAAAAGCAGAAGACAAGUCCCUGA